GAUGGAGUGGGGCGGUCGAACUAAGCCAUUUUGGGGACUGUGUCAGUUCGCACUGAACCAUCAGACACUGUGUUUUUCGGAUCGCCGUGCGGGAGAAGUACGCCUCUGUAAUUUACCAUCUAUGACCGGAAUCUGUGGACGUAUCUGUGAAUCAAAUCGGAAAGUGUAUGCAAAGAGUGAGCUACGGUAACCUAUAUGCAAUUGCGCAAGAAGGCCACAAUGAGCACGGUAGUGGUACGUUAGAGCCAUUGACAGCGUCUGCAGCUCAUUCCAAGAUGGCCGCUUCAGUAGCAUUCAUUUUUUGCUGAUCGACUCUCAAGUUUCAUUGUCUACCACAACAAAGCUAGGAAACCAUCGGGAAUAUACUGGGUCGGCGAACUCACAUGACAAUGCACCGAACAACAAGAAUCAAGAUAACGGAGCUCAAUCCUCAUUUGAUGUGCGUUUUAUGUGGAGGAUAUUUCAUUGACGCGACCACCAUUGUCGAAUGUUUGCAUUCAUUUUGCAAAAUGUGCAUUGUGAGGUAUCUGGAGACCAGCAAAUACUGUCCUAUUUGUGAUGUCCAAGUUCAUAAAACAAAACCUCUCCUCAAUAUCAGAUCAGAUAAGACUCUUCAGGACAUUGUUUACAAGCUCGUACCUGGUCUGUUCAAAAAUGAGAUGAAACGAAGGCGGGAUUUUUACGCGGAGCAUCCAUCAGUUGAUGCUACUAAUGGUUCUAAUGAAGACAGAGGAGAAGUGGCAGAUGAAGACAAGAGAAUCAUUGCUGAUGAUGAGAUCAUCAGUCUGUCCAUUGAGUUUUUUGAUCAAAACAAGUUUGAUAGUAAAGAUGGAGAAGAAAAGGAUACCACAAAAGAGGUGAAUGUAAAGCGGUACUUACAAUGCCCUGCAGCUAUGACAGUAAUGCAUCUCAGAAAAUUUCUCAGAAGUAAAAUGGAUAUUCCCUGUACCUUUCAGAUUGAAGUUAUGUAUGAAGAUGAGCCAUUGAAAGAUUAUUAUACUCUCAUGGAUAUUGCUUAUAUCUACACAUGGAGAAGGAAUGGGCCCUUGCCAUUAAAGUACAGAGUUCGGCCUGGUUGCAAAAAAAUGAAGUUGAGCAGCCCGAGGGAUGAAAUGACCGGUGGCAGAAGGCCUGAUACAGAAAGUGAUUCCAGCAGUGAUAAACCGAACAGCCCGACUGCUGCUGCCGCCCCCUCGACAUCCUCUUCACUGCCCAGCCCAAGCACCCCUGUCCAGUCUCCACAUCCCAACUUCCCCCAUAUCUCCACUGUUAAUGGAGUCUCUGCCAAAGUGGGCCACAAUGGCCAAACUCCGUUCAGCAGCAAAGUCUGCAAAACCUCUCAUAAUGGUUCCAACUCUCUUGGGUGACUUGCUUAUGGAUGCCAAAGCCAUCAAUCCCAUACAAACAGAGCUGUGAUGUAGAUGCUUUCUUUAUAAACCACCUCUUCAAUUUUUUAUAUCAUUUUUAAAUAUAUUUGUUUUGUCACCAUGUGUGAAAACUUUGUAACACAGCAUUGUUUGUGUUAUAUUUUGUAUUAAUUGCAUAACUAACAUUGUGAAGAGUACUGGAGGGAAACUCUGCAAGAAGGAGAAUGUAUCUAGGUGUUUUUAUAAAAUCUGUCUUGUUCAUUUAGAUUAGAACAUAUGUAUAUAAAUCAUUUCCUUGUUCAUGAAGUCUCCAAUAAAAUACAUGGCGGCACGCGGAAUGUUUAUCCAAAUUGUAUUGAUUUUUAUUCGGCUGAAAUGUGUUACACCAGCCAGUAAAUUUGCAAAGGACAGAAAUGCAGCGUCAGUAUUGUUUUGGAUAAACCCGGAAACUGUAAUUUAAAAAAUCUGAUACGUAUGUGCUUGUUAUAUAAGUUAAGAAAUGUAGUAUCACGCGAGAAUAGAAAAGGAGUCUUCAAUCCUCGCGUGAUAGGCCUAUUUCUCAGCUUAUAUCGUUCUUUCUUGCUCUACAAUUCUGUUCAAGCGGUUAUUUGUUAUUUACUUUGUCUAAAUAAACAUUUUACUUUUUUUUUUAUUACCAAA